CGGGCUUCUGUCAGUUGCGUCACUUCUGUCAGUGAUGCAGUGUACAAAAUUCAAACUUGUCAAACUGUUAUCAAUUUCUUAUCAAAAAUAUCAAAUAGAAAGUUUGUAUUAAUUCUUAUUUAUUUUGUACCUAAACAAAGAAAUGAAGCCUAAAGUGCAAACCGUGUUGGAAUAAUUGCUCUACUCAUAGCUAAGCUUAGUACAAUGUAAUCGACUAUUCGACAAAGCUCCAAAAUGGACUUGGAGCAGAUGACACCCCGAUUUUAUCACGACAAUCCAGAGGCCUCAUUCUCAAACGGCUCUGGAUUGAACCUGGAAAACCUAAACUUAGAUAGUUUAGACUCAAACUUUGCAAUACUGCUAAGCAGCCUGGUAUUUGCAGUAGCCUGGGUCAUAUACAUCACAUAUUACAAUUCAAGGGUGGUAGCUUAUAUUAUCACACAAAUUGUUAAUAAGCUGUUUAUCAGUGAUGGAUUCUUCAAGAUAGGUUCCCUCACAAUAAAUGCACUUUCUGGUAAAAUAAUGUUCAGAGAUGUAGUCUAUGUAAACUAUGAUUAUACCACAAGAGUGCAAGAUGGUUAUCUCAUAUUCAGAUGGUGGAGAUCCUAUGUACCCAAAGAUGUUAGUGAAGAUCUUUCCCACUCUGACACCAGGCUAUCAGUAGUACUGAAUGGCUUUGAAUUGCAUCUUUAUAAUCGUUCUGAGUUAUAUGCACACCUCGAGAAGGCAUUUGGACUUGGAUCUAAUAUUUUUCCAAAUUCUGGUGAAACAAAAGCUGAUUUGGAGGCAGAAAGAAAUGAUGAUGAAGUACAGCCAACAUCUAAAAAAGAUAAGAAAAAACCAAAACCAGAAGCUGCAAUGGCUAAAACAUGGCGAGACCUUAUACCUGUUAUCAAAUGUGAUGUCUCCUCUAGUCGCCUCGUAUUUGGGAAUCGUCUAGUUCCCACAACUCUCAGCAUAACUUUUGAGGAGUCCCACUUUGUAUACUCUACAAAACCAGCAGUGUGCACAUUGGAUAGAUUCAUGCACUUUGUCAAGAGCAAAGCUGAAAAUGUUAAGGUGAUGCUUGCACCCAGCCCAAAGUAUACAGGUAUGCUGGAUGAUCCUCCAAGGUACAUGGGCGAGGGAUUUGUGUUGAUGUCUUCUAACGACCUGGAGUUAUACUUCUAUAUGGAUGAACCUGGAUUGGUGCCAGAAGAACCAGUGCUAGUAACUCUAGCUAAUGGAGAUAUAGUAGAAUCCAGUCCUCCACAGUGGGGAGUUGAUAUCAAAUGUGGAAAAGGUACUGACUUCAGUUACGGCCCAUGGGCAGAUCGUCAAAGAGAACACCUUUUCAAGUUCUUCUAUCCACAGGAUUUCCUGCCAAUGCAGGUGACGAAGACUCCAAAACCGGGUGACAAGCGUCAGAUGCAGUCCUUUGAUGUGCGUCUGUUGAUGCAGAAUGAAGCAACUAUUGAUAUCCUUUUCACCAAAGACAAAGAAACUAAUGCAGUGCAUAUUAACGUCGGCGCUGGAAGUUAUCUUGAGGUUACCAUACCAUGGAUCACUGGCCAAGAAGGGUAUACUACGAAAAUCAACGGACAACUCCUACAUUUGGAAGCAACGACUAGUUUACAGUUCCGAGAUUUCGUAGCGAGUGAAACGUUAGAAUUUUGCGUUUUGUGCCACUAUCCUCUAGUAUGGAAUGAUCACCAGCUGUGGGAAGUUAACUUAACUGGAUGCAAGGCCACUGUGAACUUGAUUUUCUAUCACAAAUGGUUUUUCACAGAUUUAAUCAAUGAAUGGUCCUCAAAACAACUCCCAGAUCUUUCACAUUUUGUACCAUAUACAUGGCGAUUUGGACUGACUUUAAAACAUUGCGAGUUGAUGACUCUAGUCAAUCAGUAUAAUUGGAUAGAUUGUAGUAGCGUAGGGCAAAGGAACAGGUUGGAAAAUACACAGCUAGCGCUGUGUGCUCAUUUCUUGCAUCUCUCGUUUGACUUGCCAUUUGACGAAUUUUUGCCUGAGACUGUGCCCGUCAAUCUGUCAAUACAGGGGGAAAGUAUAGACCUGAGUCUCUUCAUUCCUGAGUUCCACACUAGCAGAAAUAUAGUUUUAUCCCUAGAAAAACAUGCCAAAGUGCUAUCCAAGGAUGGUUCAACUACUAAGAAGACUGAAAUUAUACCAAAGUGGAGGAAUGUUUGCCAAAAAAGUGCUGGUUGGGUAGAUUUCUGGUGGGUUCCAAUAGGCGCCAUCAACAUCUUAUACACAUAUCAUCCCUGUCCACCUUUGGGGCCGUCACCUCAAGCUGACAUUUCAACACCUGUCAAAGAGGAAAUUUUACUAUCGCCGAUUCGAUUUCCCCAUCAACAACGUAAGAAUAGGAAAAGAUCACCUGAAGGUGGAAAGAAGUUUAAUCCUAUAACGCUGGCGGCUGACACUGUGAGUGUUGAGCUAGAAAUUGGACCGUCAGUAUUGUUGCUUUAUGGCACGGCACUGAGGAACUUCAUGAAUUUCAAGGAAAACAUUUUUGGUGAGGAUCAAGUAUUCACUGAUAUGCAACAGACUAUGUCUUGUGAGAGUAACACUGAUAUUAAAUCAGAAGACAGUAACACAAACAUUCCACUAGAACUGAGGGAUGAUUUUGAUCAUAGAUAUUACAGGCCACUAGAAGUCGAUGUUUCUAUCAUAAUGCAUGAUAUUCAGGCACAUUUAUUGAAGAAUUGUACUGAAAAGGAUCCUCCAUGUCCUGUGAUCCUAAUUGAAAGACUGGGAUUCGAAAUGAAAAAAAGAUAUGAUCAAACAGAGCUACAGCUGUUGUUGAGUCCUUCAGUAUUGUUAGUAUCCGAUAACUUGAAUAGGUCAUCCAAAGAUAGACAUCUUAACCAAGGAAAGCUGGCACUGUCAUCUCUUCAAAUCCGUGGGCAUGCAAUGUUCUCAGACGUCGGUCAAACUUUAGACCAAGACACCAUAGAAUACGCUUGGCUUGUGGAGGUACAAAUGGGAAAAUUGAGCGGAAAAUUGACGACAUCCCAACUGUACUCGAUACUUGCAUGUUUAGAGACGCUAGUUCUCCUUAUAACAGACGACGAAGAUGAAUUGAACUCCCCUAAGGAAGAUCUAGUCCUUGGAUACCACCCGGUGGUGAAGAAAAAAAGCACCCAUAUUUCUCAAAAUGUACAUGUCCAGCAAGUACAGCAAGCCAUACAGCAGCUUCUACAACCCAAGGGCAAUAGUUCAACGGGGUCCAAAUCUGGUCAGUCAGGUGGCGGAAGUAGCUCUGCUCAGAAACUGGCGCAGAAGAUCGAGAAGAAAAAAGAGGAAGAAAAGAAGGGUUCUAUCAGAAGUUCCAACAAUGUAGCUGCAACUGAGGAACAUGAAGAAAUGAAUGAACACAAGUUGAAGUAUAAGCUGUGCAGAGUAGCUGUGGAUGCUAUUGAUUUUUGGCUUGUUGAAGCUGGUGCAGCAUUGCAGCUCUGGAUGAGCCCAGUACGAUUAGCCAGUUGUAACUUGCAUGGAAAACAAGUGAAUUCUGGUCUAAGUUGCAUAAUUUACAGUAUGUCUCUCAGACAACUGGUCUGGCACCCACAUAAGUAUAAUCAUUCUAAACCGAAUUCUGACACCUCGGAUGUCUGGUUGGAAGUAGGAGCUGUUAAUCUUGGUCCUUUAAUAAUCGAAUCUGCCGUAUCGCUAGAUCAGAAGGAUCAAAAUAUGUAUGCAUUGCAACAGAAAUUUCUGAAGAUGCACGAUGAAAAAUUGAAGAAACUAUGGUUCUUAUGGCCAGAACUCAACAAGACCAUCGGAAAAUGUGGUUGUACGGGCGGAUGUAUGUUCUUCGGCACCAACAAGAAUGGAAUGAGGUUUUUCAAACCCAGUAAAAAGGAUUUUGAAGAGGGGCUGAAUAUAGCAGCUUUUAGGAUAAACCCCCCAGGCCAAGAUCCUGGCUAUGGCCAAAGCAUUCUCCACGAAGGCAUGCUCCUUUUCAGAACGCCGCCCUACAUUAUAACAGACAUUACCCUACAGGAUACUCAGAUUGACCUGAGGGCACCUAAAAAACACUGUGAUAGCCCCAAAGUAACUGCUACUUUGGAACGAGAAGCGUCACUGGAAAGAGAUAUACCCAAUGGCAGCUUGGAGAAAAAGGCUAGCAGGAGGUACUCUUCAACUUCCAUUAAGAGCUCACUGCUAAAAGAAGUUCCAUACUCCAGGCUUAUUGAAGCCAGUCCUUCAAAUUUUCCAAACAAGCUGGACAGCGAUUCAAAAUUGCAAUGUGAAAAAGGCAAACUGGCUGUGGCAAGUGACAGUUCAGAACUGUUACCAAAGAAUAGUGUGUCUGAUUCCAAAUUGGCUGUAGAUUAUUUUAUAUCUGCUGUUGAUGUGCAGGAUAAUGCGCAAAGCGGACCCAGCAGCGAUAUAUUAAUUUCUUCUCAACCACUCCCAAAAUCAUCAGAAUCGCACCAUUCUUUAGGCGGUUGUAUUAGUUCAGAUGAGAAAUUCAUGAAAGAUGUCCAGCGUACCACCUCAAUGUCCAGCGAAAACCAUUCUGAACUGUUUUAUUCUGCAGAUGAGGAUGUGAAUUUAAACUCCAGAAGCUCAAGCCUGAGAAAUUCCAUACUUAGUGCGGAAGGAACAUUGCUUAGACAAGACAGUAAUAGCGCACCUACACAGAGGAAGAAGUUUUCUAGUGAGUUAAGUAUAGCGACCGACCGAAAUGGUGUCCAUCCUUACAAAACUAUAGGUCCGCUACCAGCUCCUGGAUCUGCACCUGAAACCCAUAGAUUACGACUAACUUCUCAUAGAAGCGACCACGAAAUUCAUACUCCUGAACAUAGGAGCUUCAAUGGCGGAAAACCUCUUGAAGAUCACCAGCGGACGGUCCAAGGCUUAGUAACACCUCAUAGAUACCCUGGCCGUGUCAGUCCUCGAGUGAUUCCAAGUAUCACCGACAAUUUUCCGAAAAAAAUCAGUCCAGAAGCUGAUGAUAAACUCAUAAAUGACCCAUUAGCUGAUAGCUCUGACAGUUACAGCAAUAAUAGCUAUGCUUCGGCAGUUGGAAGUCAGGAGGAUUUCACUUUAAUUGAUCUUCACAUGCAGGUGAAUAGAUUGAUUUUGGAGUCUCCAAUGCUGAUGUCCAGCUAUGUGACCCAUUUAACUCAAGCUAAAUGUCCUAACUGGGGAGGGGUUAAACAAGGGGAUCAGUUCUCUCAGCCACUGUUCGAGAAGUUCAACGAAAAAUUGGUAUAUGUUGGUGCCAGAUUCGUCCCGCACAUGGAAACCGUAAGCGACGGCAUAACAUCAUUGAAAAUGGUAUCAAAAUCGGACGCAGCUGUGGGCAACAAGACACCUACCUCUCCAUACAUGUACGUAUGGGAUCAGGAAGAUGUUGAACACGAAUCUGGAUCCUUCCAAGAAGAGGAGCUUCUAAGUCAUCUGAGUGACUCUGGGACAAGAACUAUCGUUGUUGUGAAACUAAAAGGGGACUUGGAUAUCAUGAUCAGUCCGUUGUUGCUAGAAACAUUACAGAGGUAUAUUGACGCGCUAACCCCAACAGUCGCGAACCUGCACCCACUAACGGUAAUAAACCACUUGAGGGUAUCCUGUAUUAACCAAGUAGAAUCUGCCAAUAUUUUAAAAACAACCGAAAAUGUCGCCAAACUUUGUCAACCAUCCGCAGACGAUGACGCAGUUAAGGUACCGAACGUUUACGAGGAAACUGUUAAGACGCAACUUCAAGCUGCUAUAUUUUUACCGAAGGUCAACUUUACAUUGCUACAAGUUUCAAUUGUGGAAGAGAUAAUAUCGUUUUCUGCAUUGGAUAAUAUCAAAGACUUGACAUGUGUCUCACUAUUUUCUGUAUGUUUUGAUAAUGUGACAGCCAAACUUCAUUGUGAUAAGCAAGCAAAAGAAGUUCUCCAGAAGUUCCUUAGGCCAGCAGUUGUGCGAAGUGGCAACAAAAAAGGCGCUAACAAGCCAAGAUUUCUGUUGGGUUUUCAGACCAACACAAACUCUGACGUAAUACAAGGUGAACCGGUUUUUAUAGAAAGCUGUGAGAGGCAACAUGAACAGCUGGUGAUAUGUUUGAAUAUCGGCAAAGCCCAUGCACAGCUUAGGAGGCUCAGAAAUGAAAGUUCUAUUUUGGAUGAUGCCGUGAUUACCGCGAUUCCAAGUUACAAAUCUAAGGUACUGUUCACUCCGACCAAAGUUAAGAGUGUCUUCAGAGGGAUGGAGUACUAUUUGCAAUCUCCUGUGGGCGAGAACUUGCCUUCUUUGGAAAAUGACUUCAACUCUGAAGAUAAACUGGGCUUCAUAAUGUUUGAGUGUGGAUUGGAGGGUAUCACGUUGAAAGUAGUCAAGAAAUCUCACUUUGAACACGUUGAAAUGGAUGUCACUGGAUCCUUUAACGAUUCAGUGAGAUCGCACGAGAAUUUGGAUAGCUCUGAUUCAAAAUCGAACCACACAACUCCAAAGUUGUCUGAGAAUAAACAGGAUACACCAAAGACAAGUGACAAAGAGAAAAAGUCAGAAGAGGUAAAACAGGAAGAACCAAAUAAGGAUGUAGCAUUGUUCAAUAAGGACAACGGAAACGUGUCAUCCUGUAUCAUUGAACUUAAGGUGGUCUGGUUCAACUUUGCGGCCCCACCUCGAGCUCCAAUCACCAGAAAGAUCGAUUACACCAGGCUAGAUUGGAACUUACUCAGUACUGCCUCACCAGCUAUUAAUGCUUGGAUGAAUCCCAGUAACAGGUUGGCUAUCAGGGUAGUUCACAUGGUUCGAACAAUGUAUAGGCGAGCUACAGCUACAGUGGCUUGUCUUAUGGCUGACGCUUUGGAAGGACAGAGGAUUACACUCACAAAGAGUCGCUAUGGAAAACUAACACCCUUAGCACAAACCCUACAAGAAGACCCUAGCCUACAGCUUUCUUCCAUACUCACUAAAUACUAUAUGGAUUCCGAUCCAGCAUAUAUCGAGUUGAAUCUGAGAGAAUCUGAAAUACCCCCACUUUUUACGUUAAGACAGGGUGUGAUAGUAUUAAGUAGGCAGUGGAAGAAUACUCUGUAUACACCACUGAUGCCACAACAUACUGUCAAAUCGAAGUUAAAACCUAUGAACGUUACUAUAACAGUACCUGACAUACAAGAGGAGCCAUGCGUGACAGACGGCGAGGCAAGCGGUAACGAGGAACCGGACAUUACUGACGAGCAUGCGCGGCUGCUGCACGCCGGUAUCAUACUGAGGCCGAACGCAGCGCACAGGCCCACACCUCAGGCCUCAGGCAUUGUUCCCGCAAAAGAGAAUUUUACUUCUAUGCAUCAAUCUCCUCGUAUGGCCGCUUUUGGUGAUUCUUCCAUUCAUACACCUCAAGUAGCAGUGGUUUCUGGUGGAGUUGAAAGUAUUCUCACAUCACCUAGCCCACCAGUUCCGCAUAGAAAACGUAAAAAGAGUAUUGUUCAUCCUAUCCAACCUCCUAAUAGCAGCAGAACUAGUGUGGUGUUACCGCUUUUGACCAACGCAAACAUUUUUACAACAAAACGUGUACAUGACGACAAUAUAUGCUAUGGAACACUAAGAGAGGACAAAACUGCGGUUAACGUAGGCUCAGACCCUAGUGAUGUCUGCAGCCAUUCCAGCCCAGAGUUGCCAGCGAGUCCUGUCCAUAAAACUCUGGGACAUACACAUUCAUCCGAAGAUUUGUACAGUUGGAUGGCUAAACAAGACGCCGUCACUUCAAAUUUAGAAGGUUGUCUUGAAUCUAAAAUAUGUGACACGCUUCAUACUGAAUCAUCUGGUGAACCAGGUACCUUACCCAGAGAGGAAAUACCAACGCAUGAAGCUCCUUUGUAUCCCAUACAAGAUUCAGUAAGGUUACUGGAUGCGAAUCAAAUAUUCCAGCCUCUCUUAACUGCCUUGGGUGUCAUGCCUCAACAAUUAAGGUUUACCACCAUGUCAGAAUCUGGCGCAGGUAAUGAUGUAACAACACUAGACGCGCUAGGGUCUAACUUUUGCUUAGUUGGCAAUAUGGAAACAAUGAGAAUUGAUAUCGUUGUUUCGGAGUAUGGAAAGGUUGAGAAAAAGAAGGGGAAAAACAAAGGGAAGAAGCUGUAUGUUGAAGUGAACAGUGAUGAUUCACCGGCGUUUGUCUGCGAGAAAGUAUCUGUAGAAAUAGAAAUAGACCGAAUGACUGACAUGGCUGUGAACGAAAUGAUGAAGACAAAGAACGUCCUUUACAUAUCAAGAGGGCAACUCAAGAAUCAUACAAGCACAGUCAUUAACUUCACCAUAAGCGUGCGAACUAUACAUCAGAGGGUCAACAUGCCUUUGCUGAGAUUACUUCAUCAGAUAAGCAACAUGUAUCAGAACGUUAAGGAUACUCAGAAUGAGUUAAGGGAGCAACAGCCUGUUGAAACCAGGGCCAGGCCAAAGAUAAGCUCUAAUGACCAUGCAGAUGUCAAGCAUCAUUCUUCAACUUCUGACAUUCACUACCAUCAGACAACUGACGUAAGCAAGCAGCUAAGCCUCAAAAUCUCUGAUCCAGGCUCAUAUUCUUCUCAGCAUAAACCUGUCAUUUCUCCUUCUCCAAGCAUUCGUUCUAGACCACAGAGCUUUGCUCAGAAACUUAGGUCUACUGGAAAGGCUGUCAAAGGUUACGUGAAUCUAAGUGAAGGUGCUGGAACUCCCGUCACCAUGUCAACUCCAUCAGGUUCAGCCCUGGAACAUAUUACAGUAUCAUCAGACAAAAGUACAGGGAGAUGUUGGAAGACAAUUUACUAUCUCUUGGAACUGUAUGCAAAUAUGCCAGAUACUACCACUAUAAGACAUAGAUUCUCCAUAGGAACAAACGAUAUCUCCGAACAUUAUAAAGGAAAUAGAAAGUAUGAUAUUUUGACAGAAAUGUGUUCUAAUGAGGAUAUCGAGAAAUCUGAUGGAACUGUGCCACCGCAAACUGUUAAGGAUUCGAGCAAAUCUACAGCAGGGGCUGCGAGCAAUGAACACACCAAGCUGGUUGUAUUUGGUGUUGCGCGAAUUCACAGAACCAGAUUGCUAGCAAUGCUGUCUGGUUUGAAACUAGAAGCGGAAAUAACAAGUUUGCAUUCCAGCUUGACUUGCAGAAAGAAAUCUAUUCCGCAGAUGUUAGAAUGUUCUCUGACCGGACAGAUAGGUAGAACAAUGAUUGUUCUUUUGGAAGGUGUAGCUCCCAAUCAACAAACUGUGGUGAAAAUUACAAUAGGUAAGUCUCAAGCGCUAUACUCUAGCAUAACAAAACGCCAGAAAGAUAAGAAUUCUGGCUUGCUAACGGUAGGAGCUGUAAAUAUCGACAUACCACAACACCCUGUAGCUCUACACGGUAUGGUGACGAGAGGUAGUAAACAACUCAGUUCUACUCUUCAAGAGUUGAGGGUUACAAGAACGUCUAGCAGGUUGAGUAGGGUACCUGCUGAGGAUGAACAACAAAGCUCGCCGAAUCAUCAUCCUAGAGAUGAUCCAUUGCCUGCUGUACCAGCGGUGAAGCCUAGUGUUGCGGAAAAAGGAUUAUUACAGCCUCUUGUGAUGCAGUUUUCAUUUAUAUUACAGAGUUUGAGCAUUACCGCCGCUCUCUUGCCAUCUCUACAAGCACAGUAUAAAAUGGAUCAAGUGAACAGUACAGGAUUUACUGGUAGUAAGGCUAAAUUCACCAUAGAUUUACCACAUCACUCUUUGAGCUUCACUACCAAAUUGCCUCAGGGAUACAACCAAACAGAUAAGACUGAGGCCAAUCUACCAUCUGAGGCGAGCAUUGCACUGCCAGCAGUCCACGUAGUUGCUGAAUACAUUCCAGAAAAUGCUGCUAGUGGUUUGAGAGAAGGGCACAGAGCUCCUGAAGGAGUGGUAUUCAGACAAGGAGGAUAUCUUAAUGCCAACGCAGAUAUUGGUGUUUUCGAACAUAGUCUUACCACGGACUUGUUGAAUCAUUUGGUGUUUGUCCAAAAAGUAUUCAUGAAGGAGGUGAAUGAAGUCGUGCAAAAGGUCUAUGGAGGCGAACGCCCUGUCCCGAUAUGGCUGGAAGAUACAGAAGAACCGUCAACAUUGAACAGACUUCUAUUUUCUCUCGUUAUAAAGAUUCAAAGAAUACAACUCACUGCUACUACCGCUGGAAGUUCGGCUGUCAGACUUGAAACCGGAGCUGUAGUUCUUGAACUGUCUAACAGAGUCCAAAACGUAUCUGGUUCUACGCAAAGUAACACCGCAGCAAGACUGUUUGGCAAGGCACAAGUAGACCUGAACCUUUCUUUAGGCCAGAUAAUCAGAAACGCCGUUUUCGAAGAGGCAGAUAUCGAAUAUCAACCUGUUGCUUUCUUUAAUACGAGGAUUGGACUGAGAAAUGCGUUCCAGGAUGAAAUAAUUGAAGGUGAAGACAAAGAAGUAGUCCUUAUAACUUUGAAACGCCCUCUGAUCUAUAUUCAACCGGUUGCUGUUGAUAAGGCUAUUCUAGUCUGGCUCAAUUACAAGAAUGCAUAUGACUAUUGGAAUGAAAAACGUGCUAAUCUGAAUAAGGAAGUUCUGAAUGCCACUCAACAGGUAUAUGAGAAAUUUCAACUAGGCCAACUGACAAGUCAGUUGAGUGCUCCACAUUUGGGUACUCUAUUCCUCCAGCUCACAGUUGAAGACAUGGGUAUUUGUUUACCUUUGAAUCCGCUACCAUUGGCUAGCUGGAACCAACGAAAUGUAUUUGAAGAGAGCAGAGGAGCUGUGGUGAUUACAUUAGAGAACACCAGCAUAUCAGCUUGCAACUCUGGCUCGCUCGUAAGUAAAGGCAAAUUUUCAAAUUUAUGUCUCCGUUUCGCCGAAGAUUUUGAGAAUUCUUUAGACGACUGGAAGCCUGAUAUGAAUGAUUCCUCAAUCAUGAAUUUAUGUGUCGUCAGUGAUGGUACUUAUGAAGUGUGUAGCAGAACCAUUGCUGCCAAACAACCAAACGAUAACGCGAAAUGGAUCUUGAACGUCCAAUGGCAAAUGGAAGGUGUAGAUAUUCACUUAGAUACAAACGUUGGAAAGCAACUGUCUGCUCUGGGUUAUACUUUGACAAUGCUGACGGGUGCAGAAGAUACAACCAUUCCCGUUGACUAUGACAGCGAUGAGAAUGACGCAACAGAUGGUACUAGAGCUUCGCAGGAGAGCAUCUUACCAUCAUUCAUGUUUGAUCCUUCGUUAGACAACAAAAGCAGGUCAAAACUGAUCGAGAAAGAAAUGAACGAACAAGCGAAGAUCAUCAAUGAUCUGCGAUCACUAGGUGCUUCUCAUGGAACCAUAGAAAUGGAGAUGAAACGGUUACAUGAAUUGGAGACAAUGGUUUAUAAAGAUUUUAGAAGGGACAUGAUCCAGAAAUUACGCAGGCAGAGUGUUAGAGCAUCUUCAAUCAAAGGCAAAUUUGGUUUAGGCUCAAAAACCAGCGCUUUCCGAUCUAAAUCAUUCGUGGUGCCCAGUCCGAUGCCCGAAAGUAGGGACAGGUCGAAAUCUUUAGUAGUAACAACUAGCAGCAUUGCUGGCAUAGUUAAGAGCCCCGAAAUAGCAAAAAGCAGCCUAGACACGAACAUAGCUAGCAGCUACGAAAGCUCGCCUAGAUCGGGGCCUUCGCGCUCGGCCUCGUUGCGCAUCAAAAGUGGAGAGGCGGGACCCAGAGUCACGUUCAGCGAUACCCAGACGAUGGGCAGGCAAAAAUCACUACCCAGUGCUGGAUCCGAUCUGAGUCUACCAGAAACACAGCUUGCAGACUGGGUAGACCAAAUAGAUAUAGAUGGAGAGACGGUUACACUUAGAAAGAAGUUGCCUGCAUCAUAUGAAUCUAUGGAAGGUUCAAAUCUGAUGGAUUCUUUCGCAAUGGACCAACAACAUCCAAGCGGCUCUUUCACCAACUCUCAGGCUGGAAUGGCUCAGAAACAGCAAGAACCUAAUAUCGAUCUGGAACUGGAUGUUAAAGUGUUCAUCAAUAGUGGAAAAUGCGUCUUACAUACCAAGGAUUCUGUCCGGGAAGAAGAGAAAAUAAGUCGCAUGAGAAAAGAUCGUAGCUGCUCUGCAGGCUUACUAGAAUUUCCUUCUUCUUCUUCAAGCCCUGAUGCUGUGAGAAGGAAUAAAGAAAAGUUCACUAGUCAAGGAAGUUCGUCAAAGCUCAGGUCUACACCGCAUAGUUCGUUGUUAGAUGUUACUAUUUUCCACAUACCUGGGUUGGAUGUCAAAUUACAGUAUCAGUCAAAGGUACUAACAGAAGAUGUGACAGAUCGACCAGACUCCUCAGACUUUGAUAAGGCUUUUCAGCCUCAGUCAGAUGCUUUUGCAACGAAAAUAUCCCAUAGUGACUCAGAGCAGCUGCGUAUUGAUAGAGCAUUCAAGAGACAAGAAACGCAUCCAAUGGACACAAGAUCAAAAUAUUUCAGUGCUGAAUACUGCAACUACGAAUUAAAAGGAUCUAGCUCUAUUCAAGGUAUCACAAAUCCCAACUAUGGACAUAGUCCGACAUCUAGUAAAACCAAUUUGGAGCUGGGUGAUUUGACUCCUCCCAACGAAAGUCAGAAGUCAUUUUCAGGCUUGAACAUGUCAUAUGGCAGAAAGUCUGGAGUAAAGAAGGCAUCAUUAUUUGCUUGGAUGACACUGCAGAGUGUUCCAGAAGAAACUAUUAUCAGUCCUCAUAUAUUGGAGUUUUUGGAGCAAACAUUGGAGCCCAUUCCAAUCAAGACUAUGAACGAAACAGAUUCAUCUUUGUUAUCAAAUGAUCAAGACUUAACUAACUAUGGCAACUACGUGUAUGCCAGCUUUCCUGUGGAUGUCAUCGUGUAUUUCCAUAUGCAGCCAAGCACAUUUCGUUUUAGCUGCCUACCCGUGUCUCGGGUAGAAUGUCUGCUGCAGUUACCCUCCUUGGACAUUGUAUUCAGCAGCAAGCGUGCUGAAGACGAAUUGAUAUACAGCGAGUUUGGUGAUGGAGCCCCUAAUACUGCAGCCACAGCCAUUGGAGGUCUUAGUGUCACCAGCUGCCUCUCCGACUUUUCCGUUUACGUGUUCCACCCAUACGGUGGUAAAAAGAGUGCUCUAAAAGAGGCUCAGUGGUCCCCACUAUCGGACAGUGAACGGAAAGAUUCGCUGAGCGUCAACGUAGAGUUCGUCAAGUUCCAUCUAUCUAGAUCAAGGAUGCUGAAUUUCAAGCAGGAACCGAUCGUGAAAGGCAAAAGUGGAGGCGGGGAUCAGAGCAGGGCAGUCAUAAGGUUUUCAACAAUUAUCGACAUUGGAUCUGCCUCGUUCAAGUACGACAUGCGCCGCUUAACAGAGAUCCUAGCCUUCCCAAAGGCCUGGUAUCGACGAUCAAUCGUACGUCGCAUGUUCCUGGGCGAUCUGGGCGGAGCUUCGACGCAAUCCAAUGGCGACGACGACAUGGGCGUUUACGUCACGCCCACUUCUAGCUCGUCCCAUCAUCAACAGCAAGCGGCGUCACCUGGAACGUCAGCUAAGGCGGCGCAAGGAGGGAGAUCACCGGUUGUUGGAAAGGAUAAGAUGCGGUUGAAUUUAGGUGAUCAACAGGAGCAUAGGCAAAGAAUGAAGGAGAUUGGAAAAACACUUAGCUCCGACUCAACACAACAGGAUACACCAAGUCCUUCUGAGCAUAAAAAUCUAACAGCUUGGGAAACAUUAGUACUGUUUGCUGUGAAUUUUAAGAAGUUAAACGUACAUAUGAAUAUGGGAAAUGUUAUGGGCAAUGUUUCAUGGAUGACCAAAGAUUUUCUAAGUGAUGGCCGAUUGAGCAUCGGGUCUACAGGUCACAAAAAUUUGUAUAUUGCUUUGGGACUAGGUGGUUCAAGCUUAGAUGCUAAAGGUGGUAUUGUUGGUGGCAACAUCGAAAUUGCGAAAAUAAAUACUUACAUCCACAUUAGAGAAGAACCAAAUGUAGAACCAGAUCACACAGUAUGUUUGAGAUUAUAUGCCUUAGAGCUAAGAUUAGACUAUAUGGCGACAUCUGUGCUCAUGUGCAGAGUCAGCGAUUUGAAUGUGAAUUUGAGAGACGAGUGGAAACUGAAUCAAAUGUCAUCCUCUACAUUUAUACCAACCAGAAGGCCUGCAAAUAUUUUCAUGCAUGGAGUUCUCAGUUGGGACCAGCUACAAAUAAUGAUUUCAAAAUCCACAACAGCGGAUCUUUUGAAGAUGUUCAAUAAAUUGGAGGAGUUCUUUUCACAGCAGUUUAAUAGCAGCAAAAGAGCAUUUAGUAGCUUUGCUGGAUCAGGCAGGCACCAAAAAGCAUCACAAAAAGGCUCUUCCACCCAUCAUCAGCAACCAGGACCUUUGGCAGAUGCUCGACAUCACAGGCACUGGCAAAAAGUACUCGCCCAUGUUGCUGGCCUCCAACUGAACACAAUGCAUAUGCCUCUACCUUUUUACGGUACAGUGUUGGGCGGUACGAUGGAACUUCGUGGUAACAAUAUUUCUUUGGCAUGUUUCCACGGCAUCAACUUCAAGAGCAAGUCGUGGGCUUUGUUUAGCCUCAAAGAGCCAUGCAUUAAUUUUAAUACUGAGGGACAAGAAAUACCAGCUGCAGAUGGCUCUUCAAAGCAAGACGUGCACGUAGUUCAAACUCUAACCUGUAGUUUGGGUUUAAGUACCUACAAGACCCAUCUAUCCAUGGCAACAGUUUGCAAAGUAUCUAGGAGUGUAAUAUUUCCGCCUCAAUUCAAAUCUUUACAAGAGUGGUUCCAUUACGCCUUUGCCAACAGUCAGAUCGAUGAGGUCGACAAAUUUCCUUCUCUAGAAAGAGAGAAAACAGAUGGGAAUAAUUCAGUAGAGAGAAGCAGAAGUUCAACAUCUGCUACAAAAUUGGCCGAUCCGAAUCAUAACAGGGAAGUCAUAUUUGCUCUUCCAAGCUUACAACUACAUUUGAAAACUGAACAUUUGCAGACAGCAGAUACACCAGACAUAUCAGAAGAGAAGCCUACAGUUGAAUGCAGCUUCAUAACCGAAUUCGAGGAUCACAUUUUUGUGACUGUGGACGCAGAAGCAUUUUUUUUCCUGCACGAUUUGAUUACCUCAUAUCUCAAGGAAAAAGAGAAAGUGCUUGGUGGUGGUGACAAACGCCCUAUAUCAGAACAGGAUAGACCAAAGUCACUGAGCGAAACACCAAAGAAAGGCUCUAUUGAUGUUGAUAUCUUCGCUAAAGAUUGGAGAAACUAUAAUUGCAAGACUUGGCAUUUGGAACCUACUGUGAGGCUUCUAAGUGUUGCUGGUAAAUACAUCGAGCCAUAUGGCAUCGACUACAUCCUACAAAAGUUAGGCUUCUCUCAUGCUAGGACAACGAUUCCGAAGUGGAUGCAGCGAGGUUUUAUGGAUCCUCUAGACGCAAUUUUGGCCGCACUGACACUUAGAAUGGUCCAGGUAGUAAAAGGUGAUGGGCACAAAGAUAAAGAAAAGGAGACCAAGGCGAUUGAAGGGAAAAAGUGAUUUGGUUAUUUUGGAGAGGAUAACCAUGGUGAUAUUUGGCGAUCACAGGCAACUUUUUGACCUGCUAACUUCGGUUAAGGUACAUAGAUUUAGUUUUAGGAUAGAAUAUUUAUUCAUAUAGGCGCUAUUUAUGGUAUCAUAUCAUUUAUGUGUUGGAGCUGUGUUAGUUAUAUUUAUAUUAUGCUAAACUUGUAUACUGUUGUUAAGUUUCUCAUUUAUUUGGUAUUCAUAUUUAGGCUGGAAGCUACCGUUUUCGGAAUAUUAAUAAAUUUUAUAUCAUUUUUGUAAUAUUCUGUUGACUGAAUUUUAUGCUAUUAGGUACUCAGUAAAAGGCAACAUAAAAU